AUGGCGGAAUCGCCGUGCAAUAUACUCAGAAACAUUAGACCAUCAAUCAAGAGGGCAAAGCGAUCCAGGAGUAACCUGAUCGAGGCGGCUGCCAGCUGCAUGAUCUCCGACGAUGACUUCCGCCAAAAGCUGCACAAGUUCUUGCCUGUGUGCCAGGACAGUCAACGCCCACAGAAGAUUCGUCUUCGCGAUCAAGAAUUCAACUAUAUCACCGAACUUCUUCUCAUGCGCGGCAAGAAGGAGUGGGCUCUGCGGCCGAGGCACUUCGUGAUACUCUACAUGAUCGGCCUCGAGCAGGUCAUGGACUCCUUUGUCACCGACGAGCGGAGUGAUUAUUUUCUGCCCUAUACGGAGGACAACCUCCCCGAUGCCCUGACGGGAGAGAACAGGGCCCAUUUCCUGGCAUAUCAGAAUCAUGUGCUUGACGGCCAGGGGGUCAGCUUGGAAUCUGGGGGAGCGAGACACCAGAACUGUCAAGGAGACGCACGAAGCAAAUUCUUCUACACAAAACGGAGGCUGGGUCAGGGAGGUUCUCAGAUCUAUCGAUCGCAAGUCGACCAUGUGAUUGGCAAGCACAGUCUGAAGCACUUUGCCCUUAAGACGAUACCCCGGCAGCACAUCGACGACACAAAGGACCGCAAGAUUCUGAAGCUUUUCCAAAAUGAGCUGGAAGUCCUGCAGUUUGUCGAUCACCAGCACAUUGUCAAGGUGGUCGGGUCGUACACGGAUGCGAGCGUCGUCGGCAUCCUCAUGACGCCAGUCGCAGAUCAGGAUCUCGCGGCGUUUCUGGAGAAGAAGCUCCCUCCUGCUGGUGAAGCUGACCGACGUCUACGCAUCCGGACCUUUUUCGGCUGCAUCGCGACGGCCAUUGACUACCUGCACAACAACAAAAUCAAGGGUGUGCAGCACAAGGAUAUCAAACCCAAGAAUAUUCUCGUCAAGGAGAGCAAGGUGUAUUUGACAGAUUUCGGGACUGCUCAAGUGAGAAGAGAAGACGUUGACGACACUGCCGAGUCAUCCACAAACCCCAGCAUGAAGUUUGUUUCCAAGAGAUAUGCACCCCUCGAGGCGGUCAUCGGGACCCGGACACGUGCAAGUGACAUAUGGUCUCUUGGCUGCGUCUUCGUCGAGAUGCUGACCGUGCUUGCCGGCAAAUCCAUGCAGGACCUCAGCCAGUUCCUGCAAGACAAAACCAACGGUUCCGGAUCAACUGCUUAUUAUGAAAACGAGCGAGGUCUCCAAGCGUGGCUACAGUACCUGCGGGGCAUCCUGUCAAAUGAGGAGAACCCGCAGGAUGCCAUCCUCGUUGACGUCGUGGAAGCCAUGUGCAGAUCUCGAAAAGAAGAAAGGCUCACAGCAAGUGACCUGCUCCGGAGAAUCUUCAAGCUGGAGGGAGCCUACCAUGGCCUCUGCUGCAGUGAUCGGUCAAGCUCUCAACGAGGUCACCACCCAGUCUCUUACGAAACAGACCUGUCGCACUCUGACAUUUUGGAGUCUUGGGAGUCGGACACAUUAGAUGUCACUGAUGCGGAGGACUGUGACACCGGGACCGAACCGGUAAACACCCCAUCAGAAGAAGACAAGGCGGUCAAGAACUACGCUUCCCCUCUUGUGGAAGACGGCGAGACUACAUUGGUAGUAUCCAACAAACCACCAAAGGACCCUCGAAACCUGCUGGAGGAUGUUACCGAGUUGAUCCCGCCACCUCUCACGCAAGUUAGCAAAACCGGAAACAUUGAAAUUGCUGAAGAAGUGGGAAUAUCAGCUCCAUCACUUUCAAGAAUGCCGGAUAGCACCAGACAUGCUUCACGAUCUUUCGUCUCUCCAGAGGCCACAACACUCUGUCCGUGGCCAGGGUGCAAUCCCAAUCCAGGCGUCUCUUGUCCAGUAUUCGACAGCAUGGACAAGCUCAGGCAGCAUCUGCGCGACACGCACUUGGUCCAUGACUUUGGCUGGACCAGUCUACAAAGUGAUAGCGGGACGGCCACGCUGGGACCAGAGGAAGGUCGGUUCGAGUUGAAAAGGACCAAGCGUGUGCGGUUCUCCGGGCUCCCAGAAGAGCAGGUUAUUCAGCCCAAGGCCUUGCAGAGGAGCCACAGAGACCGAUCAAGCGGAACGUACAGCAUUACGGCCGAGAUGCCUCAUGCUCCCGGGUCGGCCAGUGCAGCGCAGACCAAAGCGUGCAAAGAGCUGGGCAUCCCUCCAAAUACAUAUGUUCCGUCAUAUCUUCUCGCUGCAAACAAUCGAUUCUCGGCACCGCAGCUGCGUCAGCGUCUCGCCGCCGAGUAUAGCCGGCCGCUCUUCGUGUACGGAACACUCAUGUUCCCCAGCGCACUGCGUGCCCAGGCUGAGUAUUUUCUCAAUCCCGAUGGCAUUUACUCUUCUGUCCAGGGGAGACGCCUGCGUACGGUAGAAAGCGACUGGGGCGGAAUCACCGAUGGGAUAAGAGAGGCCGCUCAGCAUGGGACACCUGCGGUUCUACCAGGUUACUCGAGAUUUGGUCUCCGUCAGUACAGCCUAGCAUACAUCCAGCCAAGCAAGCAAGGCGAGACGCGCGGGUUCCUCAUCUUUGGUCUUUCGGCCGAGGCACUGGCCUGUCUGGAUCACCUUUACGAAAGAGGCGGCCCGUGUCACUUUUUUGACGGGAAACGAAAACAAUCUGAUCCAUGGAGUUUUACCAGGCUGGUGAGACAGCGAGUCACUGUCCGUACAAAUGUCAAGGAUGGCGAUACAACCAAGAUUGAGGCCGACACGUACGUUGCCAAUGCCAAGGGAUGGAGGGUACCAAAGUCCGCCAAGCCCUGGGACAUGAACCGUUUCCUCUGUUCCAAGAGCUAUUCAAAGAUCACCCAGUCGUCAAGAAGGGACAUGGCCGAAGAGCAGUCGAUCGCCAAAGAGCUAGGCACUAAUAUGGUCAUGCCCGGUGACAAACUUGUGGAAGCGGUACUGGACAAUAACCACGACGGACUGCGGUCUUUGCUAGAUGAGGGUCAGGACGUCGACAUGGCAUCCAGCAGAUAUGGCACCGCACUACAAGCCGCGGCGAGCAAGGGGAACGUCGCGAUGAUGAACCAACUUAUCGAAGCUUCGGCAGACAUUAAUGCUGCCGGCGGCGACUAUGGAUCCCCGUUGAUGGCGUCCGUCGUGGAAGGGCAUUUCAAUGCAAUGAAGUUUUUACUGAGCCACAAGGCAAAGCUCUUCUCCUGCGGCGGAAAGUACGUGAGCCCUCUCUACCAAGCGGUUUCAUUCGACCGCUUGGACAUGGUUCAUGCGCUGCUAGAGAAGGGAGCCUGGUUGACGAGAGACUAUCGCGAACUCCUCGAUCUGGCGACCGAACGGAACAACGACGAGAUAUUGGAGGAACUGCUUCGAUAUGAUGUCCGACAGCUCGCAAAGAGGCACCUGACAGGGAACGCCAGCCCGGCAUCAUCUGAUACUGGCAGUUCCAAAGACGACCAAGAGGUUAAAACGAUGGUAUCGAAAUCAGUCGGAGCCAUCUGCCUUUUCGAGGCAUUCAAACUCUACAACCGUCCCGGCAAGUGGACCGGCAUAAAACUCGUCAAAGUCUUAAAGGUGGGCUUCGAGCAUGGCUUGAACGACAAGAUUCUGGAGCAGAUCCGGCCGCAUAUACAUUCCUUCCCUGCCCUCCAGACAUUCUUUAUCGAGACAUUAGAUGGAUUCUUAGGUGCUGGGUGUGGGUUUGGGCCGGUUCAGCAUACUGACCCAAUUGACGACUUGCCCAUUCCCUCUAGAGAACAAUUACGAGUGAAGUGA